AUGCACUUGCAGGUACUCCUGGUCGAGUCUGGUGAGGCUGUACGAUUGGGAGACCCGCGAGAGAAUACCAUCAGGAACUACAGCUCGCUGCGAAUCAGAGCAGGGCAGUUGUUUGGAGCUGAAGAGGCCCUCUCCGGGCUACCCAGCUACACCUGCAACCUCACGGCCACGUGCCCACUCCAGUUCUUCGCCAUCCCCGCGGAGGCAUUUCUCCGAGCAAUAGAUGGCGUGUGGACUGAGCCUUUGUACCGGCUCCGGUCCAGAGUACGUGUGGUCGGCGACGGCUGCAGAGCCGAUUCCGCGGGACAGGCACGCCCUUUGACGGCCGCCGGGAUCGACGGAGAGCGCUCUCUCCCGCGGAACUGGUCAAGCAACGAUGCAUUGCCGAACCUGACGAAGUCGAGAACAAGACCGCCACCCGUGAUGCUGACACCCAUACCCCUGUUCUCCGGAAUCCAGGGGGGAUCGGGCUUGGAGGAGAGGUGA